GAGAGGGAGGGAGCAGACGGAGGAACCCGAAGAGGCAAGAGAGGGGAGGGGGGGCCGGAUAGAGUCAGGCCCCCCACCCCCACAGCACCCUCCCCUGUAGAGACCUCCUCCCUUUUCCCAUUCUUCCACCCCCCCCCCAUUCCCUGGCUCUGAAAGGAUCUCUUUGCCUUUUAUAGGGACCACUCCACCCCCGCCCACCUGACCUCUCAUUCCUUUUUGUUCCCCUUCCCCCGCCCCGCAGGUUUCCCUUAAAGACCUCUAUCAAUCUCCUUUGCAGGGUCUUGCAAUUCUCCUCCUCGCCCGUUAUCUGUAGGUCCCUUAUACCUCAUCUGUAAACAUCUGUAGGCAGCCGCCAACAGCUGGAAGGGACUGCAGCAGCAUCCUAUGAAGCCCACGACGCCUUUCCCUUGCAGCCCAUCCCUCUUGCAAAGCGAGCUACUGGGCUGAUACCGAUUGUCUUCUUCCUCCACCCCCACCCCUCCGCCUUCCAAUUUGGGGUGGGCUUUUUCCCCCUCCCUCUCCCUCCCCCUGAAUUAGAACCAUUGCAGAAGGGCCCUAGACUCUUGCUGCAUCCUUUUACAGGGCUACCUCCAUCGCAUCCCCGGUUACCUAGCCACUUGCAUGUCUUCACUUCAGCAGAACAAUUUUUUCCUACCCAAACAAGAGGGAGGGAAGGAGAGGCUCAGAGGGCAGCUGUUGUAGAUACCCUGUGCUUCCCAUCCAGAGGCCUUCCUUUUCCAGGGGAACCACUGACAGUUCCCUCUAAACCCUCUUCCUUGAUUGGAGGGAAUAGGGAAGAGGAGGUAGUUGGGGGUACUCUCCCCACCCCCAAUAUCUUGGAGCUGGAGCCGCAAGGGGAAGAAUAUCUAGGCAGCUGCGGAGACUUACAGGAGAACAGCAACAGUGAAGCCCAGCCUCAUCCACGGCAGCCAUGCCGUCUAAUGCCCGGGCUGGCAGUUUGAAGGACCCUGAAGUGGCUGAGCUGUUCUUCAAGGAUGACCCUGAGAAGCUCUUUGUUGACCUGCGGGAGAUUGGUCAUGGCAGUUUUGGAGCUGUCUACUUUGCUAGAGACAUACGCAACAAUGAAGUGGUGGCUAUUAAGAAGAUGUCCUACAGUGGGAAGCAGUCUAAUGAGAAAUGGCAGGACAUUAUCAAGGAGGUGAAAUUUUUGCAAAAGCUACGACACCCAAACACAAUUGAAUACAAGGGCUGCUACUUACGGGAACAUACAGCAUGGCUGGUGAUGGAAUACUGCCUUGGCUCAGCCUCAGAUUUGCUGGAAGUGCACAAGAAACCACUGCAGGAAGUAGAGAUUGCAGCCAUAACGCAUGGUGCUCUGCAGGGACUUGCCUACCUGCAUUCGCACAAUAUGAUCCACAGGGACGUGAAAGCUGGGAAUAUCCUUCUGACUGAACCAGGACAAGUGAAGCUGGGGGACUUUGGCUCAGCUUCUAUCAUUGCUCCUGCUAACUCCUUUGUUGGCACUCCGUACUGGAUGGCUCCUGAGGUGAUUCUAGCCAUGGAUGAGGGGCAGUAUGAUGGCAAGGUGGAUGUCUGGUCACUUGGCAUCACUUGCAUUGAACUUGCGGAACGCAAACCACCCCUCUUUAACAUGAAUGCUAUGAGUGCCUUAUACCACAUCGCCCAGAAUGAUUCACCACUGCUGCAAUCUAGUCACUGGUCUGAAUAUUUCCGAAAUUUUGUGGAUUCAUGCCUGCAGAAGAUCCCCCAGGACCGUCCAACCUCUGAUGUGCUGCUUAAGCAUCGCUUUCUGUUGCGGGAGCGACCCCAGACGGUUAUCAUGGACCUGAUUCAGAGGACCAAGGAUGCAGUGAGGGAGCUUGACAAUCUGCAGUACCGCAAGAUGAAGAAAAUCCUCUUCCAGGAGGCUCAGAAUGGUCCAAAUGCAGAGGCACCAGAAGAGGAAGAGGAAGUAGAGCAGUUUCUUCACCGGACAGGAACCAUCAAUAGCAUGGAGAGCAGCCACUCGGUACCCAGUAUGUCCAUUAGUGCCAGCAGUCAGAGCAGCAGCGUUAACAGCCUGGCCGAUGCCUCAGAUGAUGAUGAUGGGGCUGAGAUGGCCAUGAUGCAGGAAGGCGAGCACACCGUCACCUCGAAUAGCUCUGUCAUCCACCGUCUGCCGGGCCAUGACAAUCUGUAUGAUGAUCCCUACCAGCCAGAAAUGGAGCCCCAGAGCUCAUCGUCAGCUGCCCGACGUCGUGCCUACUGCCGUAAUCGAGAUCACUUUGCCACCAUUCGUACGGCUUCUCUGGUGACUCGCCAAAUCCAGGAGCAUGAGCAAGACUCGGCACUACGGGAUCAGAUGAGUGGCUACAAACGGAUGCGGCGUCAACAUCAGAAACAGCUGCUGGCUCUGGAGAACAAACUGCGGGCUGAACUGGACGAGCACCAGCUACGUCUCGACAAAGAGCUUGAGGCCCACCGCAACAACUUCUCGGCUGAGGCUGAAAAACUGGCCAAGAAGCAUCAGGCUAUUUUUGAGAAAGAGGCAAAAGCUGCCCUGGCCGAAGAGAAGAAAUUUCAGCAACAUAUCUUGGGUCAACAGAAGAAGGAGUUGGGCAACUUACUUGAAUCACAGAAGCGCCAGUAUAAGUUACGGAAGGAGCAGCUGAAAGAGGAGCUGCAGGAGAAUCAGAGCACACCCAAGCGGGAAAAGCAGGAAUGGUUGCUGAGACAAAAAGAAAACAUGCAACAUUAUCAGGCCGAGGAAGAGGCUAACCUUUUGCGGCGCCAGCGGCAGUACUUUGAGCUGCAAUGCCGCCAGUACAAACGCAAGAUGCUGCUGGCACGCCAUAACUUGGACCAAGACUUACUGCGGGAGGAACUGAACAAGAAACAAACACAGAAGGAUCUGGAGUGCGCCAUGUUGCUGCGCCAGCAUGAGUCUACCCAGGAGCUGGAAUUUCGCCACCUUCAUACUGUCCAGCGUACCCGCACAGAGCUUACCCGUCUGCAACACCAAACUGAGCUGUCAAAUCAGCUGGAAUACAAUAAGCGCCGUGAACAGGAACUGCGCCAGAAGCAUGCCAUGGAGGUCCGGCAGCAGCCUAAAAGCCUCAAAGUAGGUGCUACCUACACACCACCUUGCUGCCAGUUGUGCCCGGAAGGGCAGGUUGUGGGAGUUCUGGAGUCAGGGCAGGGGCACUCAGGGGUGACGGAAAUGGACAGAUAUGAGGCUGGAAGUCUAGACUCUGGACAGGACCUUUUGGGUGGGCAUGGUCCUUGGGACAGUGUGGCGGGGGAUCAGGAGCCUCUGGCAGACGCGCACACUGAGUAUCUAGAUCCAAAAGGGUGUCAGUUGGAUGUCCUGGAGUCAGAUUGUGUUUGUGAUGAUAGAGGUGAUGGCACACAUGUUGGAGAGGUUUUGGAGUCAACUCAGGUUGAAGCUGAGAUAGGGAAUGUGGAGAUAGAAUACCCAGACCUUUUAGAGAUGUACACACAUACAAAGGACAUUUCAAAGUCUGAGCUAGACGGUCAUGAACAGAUGGUCCAGGAAUGCAGUCAAGAGGAGGAAACUCCACGGCUGGACGCAGUGCAUGUGGGGCCUCCUGUCCAAGAGUGGUCACAAAAGGGCAUUCUAGGCUUGGAUCAGGGCGUAGAGUCUUUGAUGUCAAAAAUGAGAGAUUGUGGAGAGGUGAAGCCUGAUUGGCCCUGCAUGGCAGAUGUCAUUCCAGAUGGGCAGGAAGCAGAAAAUUUGGAGGAAAGACAGGAGUGUCUGGGGCUCGAUGGGGAGGGUCACGAUGUCUUAGGUUCAAGCAGCAAAAGGUGGAUUUUAGACUAUUCUAUGGCUAGCCUAAAACAGCAAGAACUGUAUGGCAAGGGAGUUACCGAUGUAGGUCUGAGCCAGAAGUUUCUUGGAGAGCUGGAUCUCUGCAGAGAUGCCUCUGAGGCUCUGCUGCCGAUCUGGGGGCGACCAGGCGUCCCGGAGCCUGAUGGCCAAGAAGCCGACGAAGAGCUAGAACCAUUUCUAGACCAAGAGGAUUUGUACGCUCAGUCUCUCCCCACUAUUCUAGAGGAGGGGUCCUUGAGAGGUUCAGGCGAUGGCUGCCCAGCCAGCGACGAUCCCUACAGUCAACAGGGGGCUGGCAAAUCCCAGCCGGCCACCUCUCCAGUGGCAACCGUUUUGCCUCAUGUUCUCUGUGUGGCUUUGGCCUUGUUGGUCUCUGCGUACCCUUGUGCCCCCACCCUGCUGCUUUUGCUCGCUGCUCUCUGGGCCCAGGGGGGGAGUUUUCAAGAUGUCCUCCUGGCCCUUGAAGGAUUCCUAGUGGGCCUGGCGGUUACGUACACCCUGUUGCACUCUGUCUUUCUUCUCUCCGGCUCCUCCUUCCUUCUUCUUAUCAAGGUGGGGGGGACAGUAGGGGUGGUGGGGUUGAGUGCCAACAGGGGGCGCCUGUAUGUCCCGGUCAUUCUUUUGGCCUCUUGCCUCUUAGCUUCUCCCUGGGUUUUCCUGCCCCUUUAUCUCCUGGGGGCCCUGGCAAGGCACAGCCUAAAGGGAUUUCCCCGCCAUGCCCGUCGGUUUCUGCUCUUGGCUCUUCUGCAUUUCCCACGCCCGGUUUUCCGGAUCUUGCAGCGCCUGGGGCUGGUUAGCGAACAGGGGCUCUUCCGCCUCUUCCCCAAAACAAACAAAGGCAGCUUCCGGAGCCGUAUCCCGGUAUUAUCCCGCCAUCGGCAGCCGCCCCUCCCCUGGCACCACCGGAUCCUCGCUCUCCUUGCCAAACCAAUCCGUACCCUCAACAGGAUCCUCACCAAGGUGAUCUGCGCUCAGCUGCCCCCUUCUGUGCUCCAUUGUCUCAAAGGCUUAUAUGUUCUGAGGGAGGAAAGGCCCAGCCGUAUCCCCUGCUUGGUGGCACGUGUGGCAAGGCCCAGAAACCAUUCCAGUGGGCCAUUGAGACAGUUGAAUAGAAGCAGUGGUCGCCUGCGUGUGUCCCCACCUGUCAGGAAGCCCUGGAGAUAACAGCCCUCCAGUAUCUUGGGUUUCUAUUCCUUGCCUAUCAUUGUGAAACAAGCCAUUCCAGUUGAACUGCCUGCCUCUCACAUGGCAAUAUUCUGUGCAGUGGGCCAGCUUCUGGAGUUCUGGGGAAUCAGACCGAAGUACUUUUCCAGUAUUUACUCUCAAAGUCAUUUUUUUCCCUCCCUCCAAGGUUUGUUGAUGUUUUGCUGUUUUCUUACCAGGAGGUUCUGGGCAGGAUGUGUUUGGUAAAAGAAGCUUUAAUAUGAUCAGAGUGGAGAACCAAAUGUUUGUAUGAGCUCUGAUUAUUUACAUAUUGGGUGUGGACGGGAGGUUUUGUCUUGUGUUCAUUGUGUCAACGAGGAAAGAAUCACCUGAGACCCUUUUGUGUCUGCUAUUUGGGAGGGCCAAAUAUUUCCUAUUUCCAUCAUCCGAGAUAAGACAGCUCCAGGUUUGCCAAUAAAAUAAAUAAUGUCCCAUUCUUUACAAAUUCUUUCUGGUAACUUCUAUUUAAAAGAUGCAGUAAUGACUGCUUUUUCCAUCUUCAGCAUCUCUUGUGCAGUGAGGAGAUUUUAAUGUGUCUUCAUGUCAAGCCAUUUUUACCUUCUGAAAAGCUUUGAGUUCCUGCUAAAAUACACUAGUUCUUCGUCUGCCACAGAGAACGAACCCCCUUUAUAAUGAUAUGAAGACUUGAGAAAUUAAAUACGUUUUGAAAAACCAAGUCCUUCAGCUCCUGAGUGUUUGCUUAGUUUAAGUGAUUCUUUCGCCGUUCGUAUAUACUUCCACCAUUGGUGUGUGUGUGUGUGCAUGUUUACACACACAUACAUAUAUUUAUCAUUUUUACCAUAUUUGUAACAAUCCCCCUUUUUAAAAGUUUGAACUUGAAUGUACAUAUUUGUAUUUGUUUGUGGGUAGGUUGGUGAGUUUUAUAUAUAUUUUUUGUGGAGGGAGGAAAGGGGUUGUAAUAGAAUUUUUAGACAAUACAAUUUGACUGAAAAUGGGAGAAAUUCAUAAAAUGACAGCUUAUUGCUGUAGAUUUUUUCCACUUAAAACAAUAAUGGGCCACCCAGUAGCUUUUUCUUCUUCUUUUAAAUGAAAAACCACAUGCUGGCAUUUGAAAUGAAUGGCUUGGCAUUGAGGUGGUUGGCUUUAGUGUAGGCAGUUGCAUUUUGGUCAAAGAAAAGAAAAACUACCAAAUAUGAAAUUUUAUGUUUCUGUAUGAAUGUCUCCUGCAGCCAGGGCAUAGACAACCUCUUUAAAAACCAAAAGUUGUUUUGCCUUUUAAUGCUUCCCCCGGUGUGGUUUGAGGCCUUAUAGGUAGGAGAGCAGCCUUUUCAUUUCUUUUACACAACUGGAAACCCAACCCCAUCUCUAAAGUACAAGGAUGGAUUUCAGAACUGUGAUGCUCCAUUUUUCUUAUCUUUCCCAAGGACCAGCUAUGACUUAUCCGCCAAGGAAUGGCAUGCUACAUUUAUGGGAACUGUCUCAUAACAUCACAAAGGCCCUCUCCCCCCCCCCCCCCCACUUCACUUCUUUUAAACUCUGCUGCCACAUCAUUUCUAGGAACCAUUUCCUAAGCUUUAGGGUAAAGGUGUUAACACAUGUCUCACUGGCUAGAAUGAUAUGCUUAUCCCCAGUUACCUGUAGCUUGCUCCUUAAAUGACACUGAGAGGAGAGGCCUAUUCUUUUCAUUUAAUCAAUAGCCAGGUUAGAGAGUUCUGGAAAACCCAAAUGAUUAUGCUGCUUCCCUGUAUGACUCCGUUUUUCCUUUUUUAACUUUGAGCCGGUAAGCACCAAACUCUAUUACAGCCUGCCCCACUUUUUAACUCCAGUAUCUUGAUCCAUUUUAAUUGUGACAUACUGAAAUCCACUGCAUUGGGAUGACUUUGCCAAAGAAUAAGGGGAAGCUGCUGUAUAAAAUUCCAAAUCAGUUUGCAUUAAUUUCUUUGUUGAUUAACUAGCUUUUAAAGUUUUUAUUUAUUUGGUAGGGAAUAAAACCAAAAGUCCAAUUGAUUCUGUAUAAACAUACAUCAUCACAGAAUCAAUAUUUUUAAUCCACUCAGGAUGUUUACGUGACUGACAACAAACAGAGUGGUCCUGAAUUCACCAACUUUGAGAAUAAAUCCUGUUUGUUUCAGUAGCAGUUAAUUAAAAAAAAACAGCUUUGCAGUGGCUAAGAUUUUUGUCUUUCUGAGUUCUUCAUCAACUGUAGGCAAUGCCAUGUUUUAUAGACUUAAAUCAAUUUGAAAGAGUCUUCAUUCCUGUUUAUUUUGGUAGCAUAUUUUUAAAACAGUCUCUGCAUUUCUAUGUAUUUUUUUUUUCAGUUUCUUUUUAUCCAUUCUUGUUGUAGUUAGCCCAGUUCCCUCCUCCCAAUUUACCAUCAAUAAGUUUCAGAUUAUCCUAAAUUAGAAAUAAUUCCAUGUUCAUUGAUUCUGGCUUUUGGUCCCAUGUUUGCAUAAAGCACAUACCUUGUAUUUCUCCCUUUUUUGGUUCACCUGUGAUUUUUUUAAUUUAUUUCAGUUUUGCAACAUCCAUGGAUUUGUGUAUUUUUUUUAGCAUUCCUCUUAACCUUUUUUUUUUUUUUUUUUUGGCCAAGCUUGUUUUCAUUAAUCUAGAUUCUAUCUUGUCCAUUUUAAUAAUGUAUUUUGUAUUCCCAUUUUUUGUGUGUUUGAACUAUGUUUUUUCCUCUAUCUUCAUAUUUUAAAAAAAACUAUGUUAAAUAAUUUUUAAUUUAUUUCUCCCAUUUCAUGUGGCGGGGGGGCAUUCUUCUGUGGUUUAUUUAUUUCUCCCUUCCCUAUUGUGGAUGCAUGUGAAAUUUUGAAGGAAAAAAAAUAAAAAUUCUGCACCACAA